CGGGGGACAGGGGGCCCUCCACAGCCCGGACCCAGGGCGGCUGCAGGACGGGACGCCGUGGUUCCUGCCGUUUUCUCACUGAAUCCUUAUAGCAGCCCCCGGGAGGCAGGAAUAUCGUCUGAACUUUAGUAGAGAGGAGACUUGGGCGCUCAGAGGUUGUUACUUAUCCCAGGCUCCAGUUAGUAGGAACGAGCCAUGAGAUUUGAACCCAGGCCUAGCUCUGGAGCCUGGCUCUAGACCGCCUCCUGCCUGGGAAAGGGCACCUCCCCCUCCCCUGCCCCGACCUUCCUUCCCCCCAAAUGUUUUGGGAACCAUGUGGCCUGUGCCUCCACCCUGCAAUGACAACUCCUUUCAAGAGCCUUGAAUUUGGCAGCAACAGCUUUGGAGACAGAGGCCCGGGAGCCAUGGGUGACUGGGGCUUCCUCGAGAAGCUGCUGGACCAGGUCCAGGAGCACUCGACCGUGGUGGGCAAGAUCUGGCUGACGGUGCUGUUCAUCUUCCGCAUCCUCAUCCUGGGGCUGGCCGGCGAGUCGGUGUGGGGCGACGAGCAGUCGGAUUUCGAGUGCAACACGCUCCAGCCAGGCUGCACCAACGUCUGCUACGACCAGGCCUUCCCCAUCUCCCACAUCCGCUACUGGGUGCUGCAGUUCCUCUUCGUCAGCACGCCCACCCUGGUCUACCUGGGCCACGUCAUCUACCUGUCUCGGCGAGAGGAGCGGCUGCGGCAGAAGGAGGGGGAGCUGCGGGCACUGCCAGCCAAGGAUCCACAGGUGGAGCGGGCGCUGAUGGCCAUCGAGCGCCAGAUGGCCAAGAUCUCAGUGGCAGAGGAUGGUCACCUGCGGAUCCGCGGAGCGCUGAUGGGCACUUACGUGGCCAGUGUGCUCUGCAAGAGUGUGCUAGAGGCAGGCUUCCUCUAUGGCCAGUGGCGCCUCUAUGGCUGGACCAUGGAGCCCGUGUUCGUGUGCCAGCGAGCACCCUGCCCCUACCUCGUGGACUGCUUUGUGUCUCGCCCCACGGAGAAGACCAUCUUCAUCAUCUUUAUGCUGGUGGUCGGACUCAUCUCCUUGGUGCUCAACGUGCUAGAGCUGAUAUACCUCCUGUGCCGCUGCCUCAGCCGGGGGGUGAGGGCCCGGCAGCAGAGCCAGGACGCCCCUCCAGCCCAGGGAACCUCCUCGGACCCUUACACGGACCAGGUCUUCUUCUACCUCCCCAUGGGCCAGGGGCCCUCGUCCCCGCCAUGCCCCACCUAUAACGGGCUCUCAUCCAGCGAGCAGAACUGGGCCAACCUGACCACAGAGGAGAGGCUGGCUUCUUCCAGGCCCCCCCUCUUCCUGGACCCACCCCCGCAGGGUGGCCGGAAAUCCCCCAGUCGCCCCAGCAGCUCUGCUUCCAAGAAGCAGUAUGUGUAGGGGCCUGGGCCUUAUGUCACCCAACAGAGGGGUCCCCAGAAGUCUGGCUGCCUGGGGUUACCCCUUCCUUGAAGGCUCUGCAGAGGGGACUAGACUGGGGAAGCAGGUGCUUGCUGGCCAGCAGGCCUCACUGCAGGUGGCUCUUGAACACCUGGGGCCUUCCUGGCGACCAGAGGGCACUGUGGCUUCUGUCCAGAAGGUAGGUUUGCCCCAGGCACAGACAGAGCUGGAGUGGGUGCUCUUGGCCAAGGGUGUUGUGAGCCCUCUAGCCUUUUUCACCUGGGCCAGAGGGACCCAGAGCCGACUCACCCAACCCCACCCUUAUGGAAGAUUCACCCCUGCCUAGGUUGUCCUCACAGGAAAAGGCUGAUCGGGGCUGCUAGGUCGGCCUUGGUCACACGGACAGAGCCUGUGCUGGAUCUCGCCUGUCAGGGGGACUGCUGCCUUGUCUUCAUCACUCUUCCUACUUCCACUGUUUAUGCUUCUAAAAUAAACAGGACUUGAUCACAA